AUGGCGGCCAAGUCGGAUGGCGGCGGCGGCGGCGGCGUGGGCUUCGCCCAGCUGCACAACCUGGACGAGGCGGCGGCGGCGGCGGCGGCGGCGGGCGUCUGCGGCGCCGGCGGCGGCGUCGGGGCAGCGGCGGCCGAGGGCGCGGAGGAGCCGGGCGGCAGCAGCUCCUUGCACAUCUGCCACUGCUGCAACACGUCGUCGUGCUACUGGGGCUGCCGGAGCGCCUGCCUGCGGAACCUCUUCGGGCGGGCGCCCGCCGCCGCCGCCGCCGAGCCGCUGGCCCCGCGCCCCGCCGCCGAGGGGCCGCCGCGGGAGCCGGAGGUCGGCGAGGCGGCCGAGCGGCCGUGGCUGGACUGCCUGUGGAUCGUGCUGGCGCUGCUGGUGCUGCUGGGGGACGUGGGCACGGACCUGUGGCUGGCGGUGCACCACUACGGCCGGCGGGACUACGUCUGGUGCGGCCUGACGCUGGCCUUCGUGCUGCUGCCCUCGGUGCUGGUGCAGAUCCUCAGCUUCCGCUGGUUCGUGCAGGACUACACGGGCGGCGGGCUGGGCGCCGUGCAGGGCCUCACCAGCCGCGGGCCGCCCAUGAUGGGGGCCGUCGCGCCGGGGGGACCCGCCGGCGGGGUAGGAGGAGUCGCCGGCACCACCACCCCCGGGGCGCAGCGCCUCUGCAGGAUCUCCGUCUGGGUCUGGCAGUCCGUCAUCCACCUGCUGCAGAUGGGGCAGGUCUGGAGGUAUCUCCGAACUAUGUACCUGGGGAUCCAGAGCCAGAGGCGGAAGGAACACCAGCGGCGUUUCUACUGGGCUAUGAUGUACGAAUAUGCAGACGUAAAUAUGUUGCGCCUCCUGGAAACUUUCCUCGAGAGCGCCCCUCAACUGGUGCUACAGCUCUGCAUAAUGAUCCAAAAGAACCGUGCAGAAACAUUACCAUGUGUGUCCUCUGUGGCCUCCCUGAUGUCCCUGGCUUGGGUGCUAGCCUCCUAUCACAAGCUUCUUCGGGACUCUAGGGACGACAAGAAGAGUAUGAGCUACAGAGGGGCCGUCAUCCAUAUCUUCUGGCGCCUCUUCACCAUCUCAUCCCGAGUUAUUUCUUUUGCUCUCUUUGCUUCCAUCUUCCAGCUCUACUUUGGGAUCUUUGUAGUGGUCCAUUGGUGUGCCAUGGCUUUCUGGAUCAUCCAUGGUGGGACAGAUUUCUGCAUGUCUAAGUGGGAGGAGAUCCUCUUCAACAUGGUGGUAGGGAUUGUGUACAUUUUCUGCUGGUUUAAUGUCAAGGAAGGGCGGACUCGAUACAGAAUGUUUGCGUAUUACACGGUAGUCCUGACGGAGAACGCUGCCUUGACGCUCCUUUGGUAUUUUUACAGAGAUCCUGACACUACUGACGCAUAUGCCGUGCCAGCACUGUGUUGUGUCUUUCUUAGCUUUGCUGCUGGGAUAGCUUUGAUGCUGUUAUAUUAUGGUGUGCUGCAUCCCAUGGGGCCAAGAGCUAAGAUCGUUGCCAGCUCCUGUUGCGCCGAGCUGCUCUGGGGCAUUCCUUUGCCCCCCGAUGUUGAGCCCAUGGCACCCCAAACCCCUGGGUACCGGGGGGCCCAGGCUACGCCCACCAGAGCGGUCACGGAGCAACAGGAGGAACUCACAGCUGACACUUGCUUGCCCGUUUUCCAGGUGAGAGCAAUGGUACCAUCUACUCCAUCUGGGCGACCCUACCCCCCCGAGGGGCCUCUCAUUAAGAUUGACAUCCCAAGAAAAAGAUAUCCUGCAUGGGAUGCUCAUUUUGUAGACAGGAGGUUAAGAAGAACUAUCAACAUCCUCCAAUAUGUCACCCCCACAGCUGUAGGUAUUAGGUAUAGAGAUGGACCUCUCUUAUAUGAGUUGCUACAAUAUGAAUCUUCACUUUAAAGCUCCUUAAAGCAAAAGUAAAAGAGGGGACCUUAUUUUUGUUUACGGUAAACACAGAUCAUGAAACAAACACAAACCUUCAGAUAAGCUUUCUUUCU